AUGGAGGUUCGGCAGAUGGUGAAAGAGAGUAAUCUGAGCUUCUGUGCUAUUUUAGAGUCUCAUGUUGAUGUGGGUAACCUUAGUAAAGUUUGUAAGUCUGUUUUUCGUAAUUGGGAUUGGACAUCUAAUGGUGGCCUUUGUGACAAGGGUACUAGGAUUAUUAUUGGUUGGAACCCGGAUGUGUUUGAUGUUAUGGUGCUGAAUCAAUCUCCUCAGGUAAUGCAUGUUCAGAUCAGAUUUAAGAUUGACAAAAAGAUAAUAAGAGAAUUAUGGCAAGAACUUUCUAUGCAUAAGGUGUUGGUUGGCAAUCAACCGUGGAUAAUCAUGGGUGACUUUAAUUCAGCUCUUAAUAUUGAAGAUAAAUCCUUGGGAGCUUCUUCAAUCUCGGCUGGUAUGAGGGAGUUCCAGAACUGUGUGGAUGAUAUUGAGGUUUUUGACAUCAAUCGGUCGGGUCUUCACUUCACAUGGAAUCAAAAACCAAAGGAGGGUGUAGGGUUGCUUAAGAAAAUUGAUAGAGUGUUGUGGAAUACACACUUUGUGGUUGAGUAUCCUAGCUCGGUUGCUUAUUUUCACCCGUACAGGUUGUCGGAUCACUGCCCUUGCAUUCUUAAAAUCCCUAAAGCGGAGGUCUGUAAACGCAAAUCCUUUAAGUUCGCUAAUUUUCUGAUUCACAAGCCUGACUUUUUGGAUAUUGUGAAACGGUCUUGGGAGUUGAAUGUCGAUGGUGUGCACCAGUUUCGGGUUGUAAAGAAACUCCGGUUGCUUAAGGGUCCUCUUAAAGCUCUUCUUUUUAAACAGGGUAACUUGCAUCGGAAGGUUAAGGACCUUCGAUCUAAAUUGGAUGGUAUUCAAAGUCUUAUCGAUGCUGACCCAUCCAAUGUAGACUUACGGGCUAAAGAGUCCUCUCUAACGCGUGACUACCAGGAAGCUUCAUUGGAUGAGGAACGGUUCAUCAAGCAAAAGUCAAAGGUGGAUUGGUUAUAA